AUGUAAAAGAAAGAUAUUAGCCAGACCUCAGCCAUUAAGGCUAAGAUUACUAUAGUCAAUCAAAACCUCUCUUCAUUCUUUAUUGAGAACCUUCUCAAAGUCUUGAAUGUAGAUGUUCCAGUCAAGAAAUAAACUUCUGCUAACCCAGUUAACUCACUAGAUGUGACCAAUGUUAAGUUGCAAAUAGAAAAUGGCCCAACUAUUUAUGGUGAACUUAAUGUAGCAGAUUUCUUAGUUAGUUAACACAAUAAAACCCUUAGUUAAGCUGAUGUAGCAGGGGGUAAGCAAUUGCUAACUUUAGGAAAAGAUUUAUCUUUUGAUCACUGGGCUUAUUACCUUAAUGCUCAUCUUAAGGGAACUGUACAUGCCUUUUAGACAGAUAAGACUAAUGCUAUUAAAGAGUUGUUGAAGAAACAAUUAAAGGAAAUCAGUGAUAACCUAUAUGCUGAUCUGUUUGAGGAGGAUGGAAAGUUCUCGGGUCAAUCAGGUCUCUUCCUUCAAGUUCUGUUCUAUUCAUUCGUUCAACCAGUCCAACAACAAAACAACAAUGACAUCAAGAAAAAGAUGCCAGUAUUUAGAGAUCUCCAUAAACUUCCUACCUCUGAGGAAUACAAGGGAAGUGAACAAGAGAAGGCUGCUCCAAAGAAAAUUGUGAAUCAAAAAGAAGUCACGUAUUGUACAUCUGAUGCUAAAAUUAAAAGAGUUAACUUCCACAGAAACUUAGUGCCAAAUAAAGAAUAAAGAAACAUCUUAAUUACAUCUGCACUACCAUAUGUAAACAAUGUGCCUCAUUUGGGCAAUAUCAUCGGUUGUGUUCUAUCAGCUGAUGUAUUUGCCAGAUAUGCCAGACUUAUGGGAUACAACACCUUAUAUAUUUGUGGUACUGAUGAGUAUGGUACUGCAACUGAGACUAAAGCUCUAGAAGAGAAGAAAACUCCUAAAGAAAUAUGCGACCAUUACUUUGAAAUCCAUAAAAGAAUCUAUGAAUGGUUUGACUGUGAUUUUGAUCACUUUGGAAGAACCACCACUAAACAAUAAACUAAAAUCGCAUAAGAUAUCUUUAAGAGACUUCAUGAGAAUGGGUAUACCUAUGAGGAAAUUGUCGAUCAACAAUUCUGCCUUAAAUGUGAGAGAUUCUUGGCUGAUAGAUUAGUAGCAGGCACCUGUCCACUUUGCAAUUUCUAUGAUGCAAAAGGAGAUCAAUGUGAUGGAUGUGGAAAACUCUUGAAUGCCAAUGAACUUAUUGACCCUAAAUGUAAAGUAUGUGCUUCAACUCCAGAAAUAAGAUAAUCUCAGCAUAUUUUCAUUGAUCUAGCAAAGAUUCAACCUCAGCAUGAAGCUUGGUUUGAUAAAGCUCAUCUUAAGGGAUAAUGGGCCUCAAAUGCUAUCUAAUUCACAAAUGCUCUUCUUAAAGAGGGUUUAAAGGGAAGAUGUAUUACAAGAGACCUCAAAUGGGGAACCUCUGUGCCUCUAGAUGAAUAUUCCAACAAAGUAUUCUAUGUGUGGUUUGAUGCUCCAAUUGGUUAUCUCUCAAUCACUGCAAACUAUAAUGAAGAAAAUUGGGAAAAAUGGUGGUUAAAUAACGACGAUGUGCAACUCUAUCAGUUUAUGGGAAAGGACAACAUCACCUUCCAUACUGUAAUCUUCCCAUGCACAUUAGUUGGAACUCAUGAUCCAUACACUAUGCUUCAUCAUAUUGCAACUACUGAAUUCUUGAAUUAUGAAAUUGAUCCUUUGACCAAAAAGCCAAAGAAGUUCUCCAAAACUAGAUAAACUGGUGUGUUCGGAGAUGAUGCCAUCAAGACUGGAAUCCCCAGUGAAGUUUGGAGAUACUAUUUAUUGAUUAACAGACCAGAAUCUUAAGAUACAGUUUUCUUAUGGAAUGACCUCUAAGCUAAGAAUAACAAUGAACUUCUAGCCAAUCCAGGUAACUUCUCUAACAGACUGUUAAAGUUUGUUUAAAGUUCACUUAAUCAAAAGAUUCCUGAUUAUUCAGGUGAAAUUCAUGCAGAUGAUAGUAAAUUCAUUGAAGCUAUUUACUCAUAAUUCCAACUCUAUGUUGAACAGAUGGAACAUGUUAAAAUUAAGGAUGCUUUGAAGACCGUCAUGAAUUUCUCAAGUUUAUGCAAUGUGUACAUGUAAGAUAAUAAGCCAUGGGAUCUUAAGAAGUAAAACAAUAAUGAAAGAUGUAGCUAAGUCGUCAAUACUGCACUUAACGCUUUGAGACUACUUUGCUCUCUUUUUGAGCCGUUUAUGCCAAGCUUUUCUGCAAAAGUCUAUGAGUAGCUCAAUCAUGAAAGAACAGUGGAUGAUGAAACCGUAUUAGGUUAGAUUAAUGGUCACCCUGAGAGAAUACUUAAACUUCUCAAGGCAGGCCAUCAAAUUGGAGCACCUGCACCAAUCUUCAGAGAAAUCAGCAAUGAGGAGAUCGGAAGAUGGAGAAAAGAAUUUGGAGGUGGUAACCAAUGA